AUGACGAUGACGAUGACGAUGACGAUGACGAUGACGCUGAUGAUGAUGGGCUGUGUGUUAUGUCGCCUUCAGUUGGGUAACAUGCAAAGUGCCUGCACUUUAGGUGUUUCAUCUCCAUAUGCCGCAGUCUGCGCUUCUUCUUCCCGCUGCCCAAUAGCAAGUUUGGACAACGCAUCCUUGAUUAACUCCGGUGUUUACAGUGCGAUCUUUAUAAGACUUUCAGGUAGAACGGGUGAAGGCAUCAGAAAAACAAGCCUUACUGAGCUGCGGGAAGUGAGUUUCUAUACGGCCGGCGUUGUGGAGUUUCGUCAGGCCAUUGGCCAGGAUGCGAAUGAGAAUUUGGCGGAUAACUUGGCCGGCUAUUUGGAGCUGAUCGAAUCCCCCGAUGCCAAACCUACGGACAUAAUUAUCUUUCCGGAACUAACAUUGAAUGGCAUGGACACGCUCAGCUUUGUGCCGAAGCCCGAGCAGGCGCUGUCGCCAUGUGUGGACGAUCCCGGUUCCAGUUACUUUGCCCCGUUUCUGGUGAGCAUCUCAUGUGCCGCCCGCAAGACCAGCAAGUACAUUGUCAUCAAUAUCUGUGAGCGGCAAUUGUGCUCCGCUACUCCGGAGGAUACCCGUCCGUGCGCCCCAACUGGAAUCAAUAUCUUCAAUACGAACGUGGUCUUUGAUCGCAAAGGCGCUGUUGUCUCCAGAUAUCGCAAGAUCCAUCUGUAUGGCGAACCGAGGAACAGCACCUUUGUGCCGGAGCCGCAGAGCUUCAAGACGGACUUCAAUGUGACCUUUGGCCAUUUCAUUUGCUUUGACAUCCUGUUCUAUGAGCCCGCCCAUGAGAUGCUACUGAAACAAGGCGUUCGCGACUUUAUUUAUCCCACCAUGUGGUUCUCCCAGCUCCCUUUUCUCACAGCCGCCCAAGUGCAGCUGGGCUGGGCCUAUAGCAACGAUGUGAAUCUAUUGGCCGCGGGCGCUAGUCACCCGGAAUACGGCAGCACCGGAACUGGCAUCUAUAAUGGACGCGCGGGCACCAUCACCAGCGUAAUGAAGUGGGGCGAAGGCGAGCGUCGCAUCUAUGUGGCCAAGGUGCCCAAAUACCAGAGUGCAAGGACUACAAAGGCACAGCGUCCGCAACGUUCCUUGAAGGCAAGGUUGGAGCAGAAGACGCGCCGUGGACGCGAUUCAGGCAUUCAGAUUAAACGGGAUUACCUGGAGCAAUACGAGAGCGUCUGGUUGGAGCAGCUGUAUCAACAGUCUGAGGGCAAUCUGAAGCAGGAGGUGUGCCACGGCAAGUUGUGUUGCAAUUUCGAGCUGGAGUGGCGCCAAUUGCCAGAGAGACCGGCCGCCAACAAUUUUUACGGCUUUCGGCUGGGCGCCUACGAUGGCUGGCGCAAUGAGCAGCAGGUGGAUGCCAACUAUGUGCGCAACUGCGCCAUCUUUGCCUGCAGCGGCCCCAACAUUGAGGACUGUGGCCAGGUGCUGGACACGAAGCAAUCACGUGUCAACUUUAUCCGCCUGAUCAUUGAAGCCAAGUAUCCUAGGUCGCGCGAGUUCCUUUUGAUGCCGAACAGUGUCCUCGAAGACAUGUUGCCCCUGGAGCCGCCUCAGUUCAAGUGGUCAAUGGUGGAGAGGCGCAUAACCAAUCAGAUUAGUGUGCGUUUCGGCCUGACUGACUCCGUGCAGCUUUCCAAUCUGCUGACCUUUGCCAUCUAUGGGAAUUACUAUGAUGAUAUUUGCACCUUUGGCAAGGGGACCCCGGAACAGGAUCGCGAAUGCGGCUUUUUGGCCACUGGUGAUGGUGCCGCAGGUUUGCGCUCCCUUGGCUAUAUAUGGUACGUGCUCCCGGCAUUGGGAAUGGCAGUUAAGCAGUCCAUUCCAAUUUUUAUUGAACCAUGGAGCAUUGUUGGAGGGAAGAAGUUUAUGCCAUGGACAAAACUAAAUUGAAACUUUCAAAAGUAAAUAUUAUAUUGGUGUAUUGAUUGGACCGUGGCUAAAAUUGCCCGGAGUCCUACUUAGGAAAUUAAGGCAGAUAAAAAUAUCAAAAAAAAAAUAAUACUCAUUCCAGAUGGAGAAGAGUAUGGAUCUACAAUUGGUCCUUAUUGAUGUUGUUGCUUAAAAAUACAUUGCUUGUUAGAAUGACAUAAAUUAUUCAAAAUAUUAAAUUAUCCAAAAUACUAGGUUCAACUAUGAAUUGAUCCAUUUAACAUAUACUCAACAUACACAUAUAUAUUUGUGUUUAUACUUAUUGGCUCAUUAACUGGCUUCAAGAAAGCUUAGUUUUAUAAAUUUGGAACUUUUAGUGUGAAAAACAUUGUA